UCAAGAUCGGUUCCUCGUCAGUCUCGGAUUCUCGACGAAAAAGCGCCGCCAGCCUGCUAUGUCUCUGUGGAAAGCGGCCUCGGUGCUGACGAUGUCUGCCAUCUCGAUGGCGCAAGUCGAUCAGUGUGCCGUCCCAAUACCGUCGCCUCGACUGAACUGCUACCCUGAGCAAGCUAACUUUCCCAACGCAACGCAAGAAACCUGCCUUGCGCAGGGAUGCUGCUGGGACGCAAAACAAGAGAUUCCGUGUGCAUUCGGCGCAUCGUCUGCACCGUCCAAAGCGUCUUGUGAUGCUGUGACUCCCUCUUUGCGCCUCGCAUGCCGCAACCCGCGGUACUUUCUGUCGCCAACGGAUGCAACGACGUGUGCUGCCCUCGGAUGCUGCUUCGACGGCAAUGAGUGUUUCCAGCCCUCCUUCCUCGGGUACGAUCUGAAUUCGUGGGUUGAGACGUCGAACGGAUACACGGGAACCCUCAUACUGCGAUCUCGGGGGCCGUUUGGCAACGACAUUCAGGAACUCACUGUGGACGUGUCGUCGGACGUACACGACCGAGUUCGCGUGCGUAUCUACGACCCGUCAUUUCGCCGAUAUGAAGUCCCGUUGCCGUUGCAUGUCGCGGGCAACUUCAGUUCCAACUCAACCACGAAACUUUACUCUGUGAGUGUGACGGAGUCUCCGUUUGGACUGGCCAUCACACGAGUGUCGACCGGCGAGACGCUCUUCAACUCAACGCCAGCAGGGCACUUCAGCGGUUUGAUUUUUGCCAACCAGUUUCUUGAGCUGUCCACGUCGGUGCCAACAUCGCCGCCGACGUUUUUCGGACUUGGUGAGCAUGUGGGUCGCUUUCUUGGAAACUCCACCGGCGACCGGUACACAAUUUGGGCACGGGAUCAGCCAGCCGACACGUUCCACGCACACACGUCGAAAGGCGGGGACAACGUGUACGGCGUCCAUCCGUUCUACAUCCGAGUCGAAGACUCGGGGCAGUCCCACGGCGUGUUUCUCCUCAACAGCAAUGCGCUCGAAGCGGUCGCGACCUCCCAUGCCAUCACGUUCCGCACUGUCGGCGGCAUCAUCGAUCUGUUUGUGUUCCUGGGACCGUCCGCCCCAGACGUUGUGUCCCAGUACACCGGUCUCAUCGGUCGUCCGAUGAUUCCUCCGUACUGGUCGUUGGGAUACCACCUGUGCCGAUGGCAUUACCAUUCGCUGAGCGACGUCACAUCUGUAGUUGGGCGCAUGCGCGCGGCGGGCGUCCCGCACGACGGGCAGUGGACCGAUAUUGACGUGAUGGAUCAGUACUUGGACUUUACGUGGGACCCAGCGACAUUUCCUGCAUCCAACGUGUCGGCAUUUAUCGACGACUUGCACGCGCACAGCCAGCACUACGUCCCGAUUGUGGACGCUGGGAUCUCGGUCACGUUUCCGUCGUACCCGGCAUACGUCGAUGGGCUAGCUCAAAACGUGUUCAUGAAGGACGGAUCGAACGAAGCGAUCGAGCAAAACAUCGUGUGGCCCGGCAUGGUGGCAUACCCCGACUUUUUCCACCCGAACGCGACGUCGUACUGGAAGCAACAGCUCCAGCGGUACUACGCUACGGCCAAGUAUGACGGCAUUUGGCUCGACAUGAACGAACCAAGCAGCUUUUGCAUCGAGGGCGGCCGAGAAAGCUUGUCGUGCUCGUUUCACGACACGUAUGCGCCGUACACAUUCGUGCGAUCGAAUGACACGGCGUACCCGUUUGACCCGUUUCGCCAGCCGUUUGUUCCAGGCCAAGCCGUGAACGGAAACUUGGCGGCCAUGACGGCGUCCAUGGCAGCGCAUCACGCCAACUCGCUCCAUUACAACGUGCAUUCCCUGUUUGGCCACUCGGAGAUCCGUGCAACGCGCGUUGCUGUCGACGCCAUCCGACCGACGCGAACGUUCCUCUUGUCUCGGUCGACGUAUGCCGGCGACGGGCAGUACACUGCCCAUUGGCUUGGAGACAACGCGGCAACGUGGGAGGAUCUGCGCCAGAGCAUCGCCGGGGUCCUCGCGAUGAAUGUUUUUGGCAUGCCCAUGGUCGGGCCAGACGUGUGCGGGUUUAGCUUGAACACGACCAAGGAGCUGUGCAUUCGAUGGCACCAGGCGGCGGUGUUGUACCCAUUCUUGCGCAACCACAACAUGGCCCCAAAAGACCAGGCCCCAGUCGACUUUGAUGCGGAAGCUCUCGAUGCUAUCCGCAAGACGCUCUUGGAACGGUACCACGUCCUCCCGUACUUGUACACGCUGCUGUACCAAGCACACGCCCAUGGCACGACUGUCGUGCGCUCGCUGUACUUUGAGUUUCCAUCGAGAGAAACUCUAGCGAUUGAUUCGCAGUACAUGCUCGGGUCGGCGCUGCUGGUGUCACCCGUGUUGGAACUGAACGCGCGCGAGGUCACGGCGUACCUUCCCCCGUUGGCGACGUGGUACGUUCUGUGGACAGGUGUGCGAGUCCCCAGCAAUGGCUUUGUUACUCUCCCCGCUCCACUCGACACGGUGCCAAUCCAUAUCCGUGGAGGAUCGAUCGUGGCAUUGCAGUACCCCAACACAACGACCCGGGAAAGCAGAAAAAAUCCAUUUCGUCUCGUGGUAGCGCUGCCUGCAUGGGGCACGUCUCUGAACAAGAAGGCAGAAGCCAACGGAGAACUCUACAUGGACAGCGGGGAUUCACUCAACCCCGUGCAGAACAACGUGUAUUCGUUGCACAAGUACACGGCGAGCCAUGCCGCCAAUGGCUACAUUCGCAUCGCGGCGGAAGCAGUUGCUGACGGCUACACGGGCCCGGAGACGAAAGUCUUUGUCGAUGCGAUCCAUGUGCGUUGUGAUUCCAUGCUUUCGAAGGAGCCCUGACAUUCGAUUGUAGGUGUACGGCGUCCACGGAUACGACACCGACAGCGAUGUCCAUGUCGAAUACGUCAAGGUCCUCAACAAGCGCACGGCCACUGGACGGUACUUUGCUGCGAACAACACGGUCGUGAUCACGGACCUCCUCAUUGAUAUCGGCAUGACAUUUGCGCUGGAAGUGUACCCGCUGGCCAAGCAUGUGACCUUGGCGCCGACCACAGCGGCGACGGCCACCACGAGCAGCUCCCCCAACGACGCCACCGACGCACCAAGCGACGAAGUCUCCACUUGGCUCUACGUUGGAGUGGGAUGCGCAACGUUUCUCGUCCUGUUUGUCAUCUACCAAGUCUUCACUCGGCGCCGCGGUUACACUCAGAUUCUUUAAACUGAGGAUAAAUUUCUUUUUGUCUCC